CUCUCCCUCACGCGCUCGCUCUUUAGCUCUCCGCUCGCUCUCAAGCACAUGCAGACACAGAGGGAGAGGAGAGAUGAACGGGGGGCUCGCAUGUGAGGUUCUCCUCAGCUGCCGGGGUAAGGCAGGUCUGGUGAAGACAGAAGAAGAGGAGGUCUAGAGGAAUACUGCAGUGAUCAGCCAGAUUAUUUUUCUUUUUUUUUCUUCUUCCCCCACUGAGUUUUAUCUCACUGCCUCACUGCUCUUGUCCCCCUUUCUUCUUCAUCCACUCUUCCUCUCAGUGAAACCAUGAAGAUGCCUGCUGCUUGUUGCUAAGGGGGGAGCCUACCAGUGGAAGCAGAGGGAACCAGGCGUUUAUUUUGUUUGUUUGUUUGGAAGGUCGUUGUGAAAAUGGCGGAGGGGUCCAAGGAUCAGGGAGGAACGGGCACGUCUGAGCCAGAAGAGGAUUCCCCCAAUAUGAUUGUCUACAGAAAGAUGGAAGACAUCGUUACACGAAUACAAGAUGAGAAAGCGGGAGGUGUUGCCAUUCGGACCGUUAAAAGCUUCCUCUCCAAGAUCCCAAGUGUCGUAUCAGGAACAGAUAUUGUCCAGUGGCUCAUGAAAAACCUCGCCAUUGAAGAUCCGGCUGAAGCCAUCCACCUUGGGAGUCUGAUCGCGGCCCAUGGCUACAUCUUCCCCAUCAACGACCACGUUCUGACACUAAAGGAUGAUGGAACCCUUUACCGCUUUCAGUCUCCAUACUUCUGGCCUUCAAACUGUUGGGAACCUGAGAACACAGACUAUGCCAUUUAUCUGUGCAAACGCACCAUGCAGAAUAAAGCCAGGCUUGAGCUCGCUGAUUACGAGGCAGAGAACCUCGCCCGGCUGCAGAGGGCUUUCGCCAGAAAGUGGGAAUUCAUCUUCAUGCAAGCUGAAGCUCAAGUCAAAAUCGACAGGAAGAAGGACAAGGCAGAGAGGAAGAUCCUUGACAGCCAGGAGAGAGCGUUCUGGGACGUUCACCGACCAGUGCCGGGCUGCGUCAACACCACAGAGAUGGACAUCCGCAAGUGUCGAAGAGAGAAGAACCCACACAGGGUGAAAAAGUCGGUCUAUGGGGUACCAGAUGACGGCCAGAGCCAGCCAAGUCCGGUCCACAUAAGCUCCCAGCCAGCCAGGAAGCCCACCAAAGAGGACGUUCAGAAGGAGAUCACCUUCUUGAACACCCAGCUGGACCGACACUGCAUGAAGGUUUCCAAAGUGGCCGACAGUUUGAUGACCUACACGGAGCAGUUCAUGGAAUACGACCCGUUUGCAUCGGUGGUGGAGCCCUCUAACCCCUGGGUUAGUGACGACACAACCUUCUGGGACGUGGAGACGAGCCGCGAUCCCAGCCAGCAGCGAGUGAAGAAGUGGGGGUUCUCCUUGGAGGAGGCGCUGAGGGACCCAGCAGGACAAGACCAGUUCCUGAAGUUUCUGGAGUCAGAGUUCAGCUCAGAGAAUUUACGGUUCUGGUUAGCAGUGCAGGAUCUGAAGCGAAGACCGUUCCACGAGGUGCCCCCCAGGGCUCAGGAGAUCUGGCAGGAGUUUCUGGCCGAGGGAGCGCCGAGUUCCAUCAACCUGGACUCUCACAGCUACGAGCGAACCAGCCAGAACCUCAAGGAUCCAGGACGAUACAGCUUUGAGGACGCUCAGGACCACAUAUUCCAGCUAAUGAAAAGUGACAGCUAUGCACGCUUUUUGCGAUCCAACAUCUACCAAGACCUCCUGCUGGCCAGAAAGAAGCAGCCAGCAGACACUGAACAGGGCCGCCGCACCUCCUUGGAGAAGUUCACCCGCAGUGUGGGCAAGUCUUUAACAGGAAAGCGCCUGACAGGCCUGAUGCAGUCAUCUUGACACAGCCUGUCCUGGAGGGGGAUCGCUGGACCCUGUUGGUGGGGGGACAGCCUCACAGGGGCUCAGACAGUGGAGCUGUGGCGAACAGGUCAGCUGUGGAGCCUCCCGAACACUGACCCGAGGUCUGCUGUCGGACUGGUAGUGCARCGCCAGGCCCGCCGGGGUGAACACCCCAAACGGAACCACUGAGGAGAAGACGAUGGCUACAAGAGGAACCUCAGCUAACAGAACCGCACGGCAUGCAGCAUCCGGACAGAGGCUGCUUCCUCUUCAUCACUUCAGUGGCAAACUUAAACUUAGGCUUGACUAAAAUGAUUGGUUUUCUUUUUUUUAUUUUUUUUUAUUUGUGUUGACAAAUGCUCCUUUUAAAUUGAAGAAAAUGAUCCAAAAUUAGCCAUUCCAAACUUCAACCAAAAUCCAACACAAAUCAGCUUCAUGUACAUCUCUGAUCCCCAAAGGCAACAAGCAAUAAAACMAUUCUGCAACAUUUUUAAUCCCUUAGAAUUAAGUCCAACCUCUUUUUAUAUUCUUGAAAUUUCUGUUUUCUGUUUUUUUAAGAYGUAACAAGUCAAACAGUCAACACAGUCCGCAGUUAUAAAAACAAAACCACGUUUUAUCCCUCAUGUUUUCUGCAAUCACGUCUACAGACCUGAUUUUCAAGGUGUAAUUUUUCAAGCUUCACUACAUUCCAGAAUCAGGCAUAAGGGCUUAAUGUAGCAACCAUACUGCACUGUUGCAUGUUUCAUCUGAACGUCUAAGUAAGCGUUUCUACAACAAAGACGGGUUUGGCUCUCGCAACGCCCGAGCGUCGACUUACAAAGUUACCAGAAAAAUAAAUCGACUCCAAAAGUCUGUGUGAAUACCUUAGAGGCCUAAGAAAAAAAAAAGUGGCACRGUGUGAAUUAUUGUGAUUUGAGCUUUUAGAUUAGGUGAAAUUACAGUCCACACUAAGUCUCCUACUAUAGAUUAGUGCUUAAAGUUUUCAGUGCCAUAGAGUGGUGGGGUCCACCUGUAUGACUCACUGGACCAGCAGCAGUGUGUGACAGAGCUCCAUCCUGCUGUGUUCACACCGUCAUGAAUGAUAAUCUGAAGUGGUUGAUCAUCCAAGGCUUGUUGGGAUUAUUUAAGUUCUGUUUACUGCAUGGAUAUCACAUCCUUAAUUUUGUCAAACCAAUGUCCGAUGCUGUCUUUUCUUUUGGUCUACUAAUCGUUACGUGUUUUUUGAAUAUGGAAAAUGGUGCAUGCUGGACCAUGUGGAGCAUGGAUGAACUCAGCGGCACACAUCCUGAACUGGAGCACGUUUUGUAGGCGAACGGACAUGGAAGCUCUGGAGUGGGAAGUCGUGCUGCGUGUUGCACACAGAGGCCUCUCUGCUCCACUGUGGCUGCUACCUUCUGCACACAGGAAGUGCUGCAAGUUUCUCCUCUCACAGCUCCUCCAUGUGGCCACUCACUGCUACAGUGACACCGCUGAAUGAUCCUCAUCUGUCAGUUUCUAGUAAUUACUUCAAUGCACUGUACAGGUCAUACUGCAAACCAUUAUUAAUGUUCUAAACAAGUAACCUCUUAAAUAUAAAAGGUAGAGAGAUGCUUAACUUGAGUCUGUGUACCAAAUGUUACAAAGACAGUAACAUUAUGURCCAAGUGCAUUGUAAAUUUAAACUGGUUACAAUUUAUUAUCCAAAAAAGCACACUUUAUUAUUCUUAUUCUUAUUAUAUGGGCACAUUACUAUGCAUGUCACAUAUUCAGGGCAUUUUGUGCUUUUAGUUUCUCAAUCAGCAAGAUAACUACUGGCACUGUAAAACACUCAAGCACCUGCUGUCCAUUCAUGGGUCCCAAAUAAUAAACUCUCUGGACCUGUC